UGUGUGUCCUGCGAAUUCAAAGCUGGGUGGGUCUACAGUGUUUCACAUUCCCAAAUAACUCCCGGGCCGUGCGUUAAAGCGCUUUGAGUUUUUCAUAAGGCCACGAUGUUGGUGCUGGCUGGAAUCGUUCUUCUGCACAUCACCACCAUCAUCCUACUUCUGGUGGCCACCAUUGAUAGUGCCUGGUGGGUCACUGAUACAAUGACAACUGACUUAUGGGGCAGGUGGGAUCAGACGGGCUCAGGCUGGCACUACACUCACCUAAAAGACUUCCCAGACGAAUUACUCCAGACGGCGCAGGCCACCUCGGUGCUGGCCUGUAUUUUUGCCAUCCUGGCCUUGUUUGUGUUUGUGGCUCAGCUGUUCACUCUACCCAAGGGCCAGAGGUUCACCUUCACUGGCGUUUUACAGCUAAUCGCCUGCCUGUGUAUAAUGAUAGCACCCUCAGUGUACACAGCGAAGUUCCAGGGCACUGAGAAAGUGGGAGGGUUCGGACACUCCUACGUCCUGGCCUGGAUCUCUUUUGUCUUCAGCUUACUCUUAGCUAUCACCUACCUCAUCCUGCGGAAGAAGAGCGAGUAAGGGGAUAAGAGGAAGACGGCCAAGGCUGGGAUCAUAUUCCUUUGAGUUUGGGACAGUCAGGAAUGGAUUUUUUUUUUCAGAAUUUGGGGGAAAAAAACCCAUUAAAAGGUUGUUGAUCUACAUUUGCAGCUAGGAUAAUUAGGGAAUAAUAUUCAAUCGCUAACAAGAGCCAUUUGAUAUUUUGAAUAUUACUUAAUUGAACUCAUGCUAAUAUUACACAAAAGGCUUAACUUUUAUGGACAUUUUUUUUCCAUCAUAGAUUUGUAUUUGAUUAAACAGAGAGGAGGGUAAUAUUUCAUUCAAGAGUAGACCAGUAUGGGCUCCAAAAUAAUGGUUGAGAUUAGGAGGGUGUGACCCCUAAAAUUGCUCAUUUCAAAGCAGUAGGAGCAUCUUUCUACUGGGUCGUUACAUAUAUAUAUAUAUAUAUAUAUAUAUGGAAACCUCGGUCAUGUACUUUAAAGGAACAGCUUAUAUUCUGAGAAAUACGGUUCACUUAUUGUUUUUCUUCUGUAGAGUUAGAUGAGAACAUCGCUACCAAUCUUCUCAUCUAACUCUCAGCAAGAAAGUAAAUUUCCCAAAAAUAUCCCUUUAAGAAUCGAACAGAGUUGAAUUUUGGAAUAAUAAAGCCAUCAGUAAAAGUUUUUUGAGAUGUAGUAGUUGAAAACGUUCUGAGAAAUUAAAGUACUUACCAUCCUGAAGUAUCGAGUCGUGAGGCUUACAGCUACUACUGCGAGUUUCCAGAGUCAAGAAGUGAAAAAUACUGUAUCUGGGAAGGUACGGCAUGUUGGCAACACUACAACACUACUUGAUGAGAAAACACAAGCCUUUAUUUACAGGACAAGUAGUUUUAAUCGUGUAUCAUUAUUUUACAACUGAAGUAUAGUGUAUCCUUUGUUUUUAUCGUUGUAUAUUGUAACCAUUAUAUUUUUGUAACAUUUU